UGUCGCAGCCCUCGUUUGUGCAAGUGCGUUUUUGUCGCAGGUUGAGUCAAAAAUGUCUUUGUUUUAUUUGUAAUAUGAGCAGAUUGCUUCCAAUUCCGAAAUUUAUGGAAAUAUGUGCAAUCUAGCGCAAAGCAAGCUUAGGUUGGCAUUGUUGGCUCGUGUAAUUGCGUAUUUGUAAAUCAAAUUAAAUAAUACAUUUGUGCAUCAGCAGAAUAUAUAAUAAUAGACACACGCACAAAACACACACACAUACUCACAAACACACACACACACACUAAGAAACUCGAACAUAAAUUUAUUGAAGUUCACUGCCUAAGAAAUAAACAACGCACGUCAAAGUGCAAUAAAUAUUUAGUAAUUUAAUUUUGCUAAAAAUCGAAGUAAGUUCCGGUCAAAACAAAAACGCCGUGAAGUCAACGAACGAGUGUGAAAAAAAAACAAGAAAAGCAUCAUCAAUCAAGGGAGGCGUUUGCUAUAAAUAUAAAUCAGCAGCAGCAGCAAUUUGAAAACAAACAAAAAUGCACCAAUACAAAUACAAAUAACAGCAGCAAUAACAAUAACAAAAACACAAAUCGUAUAUCGUUUAUCGAGAGCAGCGCCCAGGCCCUUUGCAAGGGUCAAAGGCGGCGGUCAGCAACAAUAAAAAAGAAACGAAAAGGAGAGUGACCAGAUUUCUCCACAAACUAAAGCAUCCUUUUGAAUGCAAAGCAUAAAACAUCAGCAACAAAAAAACGGGAAUAACAACAACAAUAGAAACACAUACACACACAGCCAAGAAUGUCGUGCGAGAACGCUAAAGCCACAUCGGAUAUUGAGCACGUCGAUUGGAGCACAGGCGGCUCCGGUCAACAUUACGCAAAUGUCAGAUUCGGCUCGGGUAGCAGUCAGGCCUCACAGAAUAGCGGCGAUAUUUGUCGCAUCUGUCACUGCGAAAGCGAUUCAAUGAAUCCACUGCUGACGCCCUGCUACUGCUCGGGCAGCCUGAAGUAUGUGCACCAGGCAUGUUUGCAACAGUGGCUAACUGCAUCGGCGACCAACUCCUGCGAACUAUGCAAGUUCCCCUUCAUCAUGCACACCAAAAUCAAGCCCUUCAACGAGUGGCGCAGCCUUGACAUCUCCAGCAUUGAGCGUCGCCGGCUGUGCUGCACGGUGCUCUUCCACUGUGCGGCCGCACUUUGCGUCAUCUGGUCGCUCUGUGUGCUCAUCGAGCGGGCCGCCGAUGAUGUCAACAAUGGAAAGAUUGAUUGGCCCUUCUGGACAAAGCUGGCCGUUGUCACCGUUGGCCUCACUGGCGGCGUUGUCUUCUUGUACAUUCAGUGCAAGGCCUAUUUGCAUCUCUGCCGUCGCUGGAAGGCACUCAACAGAAUCCUGCUCAUCCAGAAUGCACCGGAGAAGAUCCAUCCUUUGGCGCCGCCAUCGCCCGUUGCUGCCCAUCAUCAGUUCAGGGAGAGGCACAGUUCACUGGGUGGACAUGGUCCACUCGGCGGUGGCACCGUCGAGAUAAAUGCAUCCGGCGGCGCUGGACAUGCCGUCCACGACUCCAGUUGCGGUGGCUUAGACAAUGCCUCUUCCGCAACGGGUCUGCAUCCGCAUUCGCAUCCGCAUCAACAGCAAAUGCAGUUGCAGUUGCAGCAGCGUCUGUUGAAUGCUUCGCCGCAUCACAUGCUGCAGCUGGAUGUGGUGCAACAGUGCGGCAGCAGCAGUGCCGGCACCCAGACCGAAGAGGAUGCGCAUGCGCAGCGCCAGCAGCUGCAGCAGCAGCAGCUACAGGGACAACAACUAGGCCAGGUGGCGGUGGCGGCCAACAUUGAGUGUUCGCAGUCGCAGCACAAUUACGAUCGCGACUGGGCACUGGACGAUGUCGUCUCACAGAUCUCCUCGUUCCGGCCGUGUCCGCAGGGCUCGGGCAGCAUGACGCCGUUCCACGAUUCCAUACACAAUGUCCUCGAGCAUUCGGAGAGCUCCAGUCGUGGCUCGGCCACCGAUAUGUGCGCGGGCUCGCGGCAGGAUCUCAGCGCUAGCGGCAUCUCCACGGACACGGGACGCGAGCACGCCAUGCAGCUAAGCAGUUUCAGUGGCAGCGGUGAGCACAAGGCGCCUUCAAUAAGCUCUGGCGUUUCGCAUGCUGUUGCAAAUGGCUUGGGCGGAUUUGCGUAUAAGCCGCAUCAGUCGAAGCGCUACUCCAAUUCGUCCAUUUUCCUGGAGAACCGUGAUAUACUCAAUGACUCGCCCCUGUGCGUGGGCGUGGCCACGCCACUCACCUAUGACUACAGCACGCCACCAAAGAUCGACUAUCGCCACGCGGAGCAGGAGCCAACAACAACGUCAACAACGACGACGGGUCUCAGCUGCUGUGCCACCUCGGCCUCCGAUUGUCAACUGACGGCGGGUAACGGGCUGAAUAUGCGUCGCUAUUCGGACACCAAGCUGCAGCUGGAACGGGAAGCCAUGCUUCCUCACGACGAUGACAAUGAUGAUGAUGAUGACCUUGGCGGCGCUGGCGGUGUCGGUGUUACUGUGCUGGAUAUUGAGUUGCCCACUUCGCCGCUAUCACCGCCAGCCGCUUACGCCAGCCAUCACCAGCAGCAUCCCCAUCAUCCCCAUCAUCAUCAUCAGCAGCAGCAGCAGCUCGUCUUGCGUCGCUCCUUUGACAAGGGCGUGGAUGAAACGAAUACUGGAGCUGGCAUCGCCAACACCAGCAGCUCAUCGACGGCGAAUGCGGCGCAAAUGGAUCGUUCGCGUUUGUCCUUCAAAUCGUUGCCAAAUCUCAGCAGCAGCUGCGAAAGUCUCAUCAAAAAGUGAUUGUUAACCGCUCCACACUAGCAUCAUCCAUCAUCGAAUCCAUCAUAUUCGUCCUCUGUGUCUCACCCUUAUCCUUAUCAUACUGAAAAUAUUUAACACUGGUCUGGCCAUGAUAAUAAUAAUAAUAUUGAUAAAUGUAACCAGACUCAGUUCGCAUCUUAUUUGUAUCGCAAUCACUUUCCUAUUUAAUUUCGUAUCUCGUGAAAGCAUGUUCAACAAAAGCCCAUAAACAAUUUUGAGACUGCAAAUACAAAGAUAACAAGAAAAAAGAAAAAUAUAAAAAAG